UUGCAGGAAGUCAUCAACCACUUCGACCACGAGGACGACGAGGCGUGGGUGGCCGUUAUUACCGGCAGCGGCCGCAACUUCUGCGCUGGCCGCGACCUGAAAGAGCGUGCCUCUGAUAAUUCCGCCGGGGUGCAGGCCCGUGCCGAAAACAGUAUGGCGCCCGACCGACCCCACAUGUGGACCAGGCCCGACAAGCCCCUGGUGGCGGCAGUCAAUGGCGCCGCCGCUGCGGGUGGCUGGGCGAUUGCCCAAAUGUGCGACGUGCGACUGGCUGCUGAUACCGCUCGCCUUGGCAUCACCGAAACCAAGUGGAGCCUGAUGCCUCCCUUCGCCGUGGAACUCACCAAGAUGAUUGGCAUUGCCAACGUCCUGGAGUUGGUGAUGACCGCCGAGCUGCUGCCGGCGCCCCGAGUCCAGGAAAUGGGGUUCCUCAAUCGCGUGGUGCCGGCCGACGACCUGCUGUCCGAAGCGGUCAAGAUGGCGGAGAGCAUCGCCCAAAACGCCCCGCUGGCCGUCCGCACCAUCAAAGACCUGGCCUACAGCAGCCUCGAUAUGUCCAUCGCCGAAAUCAGCGCCAAGACCUAUGUGGCCUACGACUACAUCCUCACCACCGAAGACAGCAAGGAAGGCCCACGCGCCUUCGCCGAAAAGCGCCGCCCCAACUGGCAGCUGAAGUAA